CCGCGGGGCCAGCUCCGCAGCGGUCAUAGAGCUUAGCUUCCGGGCGCGCAGAGGGGCCGGCGGCGCGUGACCACCGGGGGCAUUCUGACAGCGGCAGCCGGGCUAUAGACAGCCGGAAGUGCGGGUAGAGCGGCCCGGCCCGGCGGCAGGCAGCUGGUGCCAGCACGAUGGCCUCCCGCGGGGGCCCCCGCGCCGCUGGCACCGACGGCAGCGACUACCAGCACCGGGAGCGCGUGGCCUCGCACUACCAGAUGAGCGUGGCGCUCAAGUCCGAGAUCAAGAAGCUGAUCUAUAUGCACGUGGCCAUCUGGCUGCUGCUGCUGGCCCAGAUGUGUGUGGGGCACUUCAAGCUGCUGCCCCACGACCAGGUGGCCAUGCCCUACCAGUGGGAGUACCCAUACCUGCUCAGCAUCCUCCCGUCCCUCCUGGGCCUCCUCUCCUUUCCCCGCAACAACAUCAGCUACCUGGUGCUGUCUAUGAUCAGCACCGGCCUCUUCUCCGUGGCGCCCCUCAUCUACGGCACCAUGGAGAUGUUCCCCAUGGCCCAGCAGCUCUACCGCCAUGGCAAGGCGUACCGCUUCAUCUUUGGCUUCUCUGCGGUGUCCGUCAUGUACCUGGUGGUGGUGGUGGCCGCGCAGGUGCACGGCUGGCAGCUCUACUACAGCAAGAAGCUCCUGGACUCCUGGUUCACCAGCACGCAGGAGAAGAAGAGGAAAUGAGCGGGGCUGGGGCAGAGCGUGCACGUGUGCCGCUGCCGGCUGCAGACCUGGGGCGAGGGGGCCUGGAGCUCUGCGGCGCUGCUUUCCUGUCCUCGCCAGCCUCUGCCACCUCAGUGGGGACGUGCCGGGGGUGGUGGGAGGGACGGCGGGGGGGGCACUUGGGGCUUGCUGGCCUUGCCCAGGCUGGCAGAGCUGUGGGAACAGACAGGAGGCAGCGCCCCACGGCAGAGCGUGGGGGCUGCUUCCUCCGGCACCCUCGGGGACCAGCCUGGCUGGGGACUGGCGCAGGCGGGAGGCGCCGGGUCGCGGGGGGCUCGGGAAGGGGCGUGUGCCGGUGCCCCCUCCCCGCGUCCCCCGGCCUCGCGUGUGUAGCGAUAUGGAAAUAAAAGAGCCGCAGAGCGUG